AAACACUAGAAAUGGGAAAAUCAUCUUCUCCAGCGAAAAACAAAAACCCCUGUCCGGUUUCUUCUAAAACCCUGGCGGCCUCGUCUGCUACUCCCAGAGUGUCCCAAGUGGAAGUGCAUGUCGGCCGUCGCGACGUAGGCUAGAGUCCCGCCAUAGCCCAUGGCCUCGCUGAAGCUCCUGCUCUCCCGUGCUCGCCGCCAUUGCCUCUCCAACCCGGCCUCCACCUCCUCCUGCUCUUCUCCUCUCCACCAUCUCCCCAAGUACUUCUCCUCCUCUUCGUCCUCCUCGCCAUCGGAAUCGCAACCCUCCCCAAACGACGACGGCGCUCCCGAACCGCCGGAGCGGCGGCUGCGGCGGCCCCAGCCCGUGCCCAUCCAACCCGUCUCUUACGCCGCCAAGCCCAAGGAAGUCCCGCCCCCUUCUCCAGAAACUCCAGCUCAACACGAUGCUCAGGCCCCACCGCCGCCGCCCCGCGAGGCGCCGAUCCGGGAGGCUCGGGCGCGUUGGACCCGAGAGGACAUCCGUUACAUGAAGGACGCACCCUCGAUAUCCCCCGUGUCGUACCCGAUGCGCGUGGCGCCGCUUCCGGAGGAUAGGGCGUCGGAAGAUGCGGCGGUAGAGGGGGCGGAGGCGGAGAAGGGGAAUGAGGGGAGAGAGAAGAUGGAGGUCGAGAGGAGGCGGAACGAGGCAGCUAAUCAAGCGGCCGUGAUAAGGAGGAGGAGAUUGUCGCGGGUGUUGGAGGAGGAGGAGCAGGCGAUGGUGCCGUUCCCGAUGAUAAUUAAGGCUGAGAAGAGAGAGAGCAAGGCUGUUUACGAUUUGGCCGAGGCGAUCCGGCUUGUCAAGUGUGAUAUGACAGAGGCUAAUGCACGGGCAAAAUUUGAUGAAACCAUUGAAGCUCAUGUAAGGUUGGGCAUUGAGAAAAAGCGAAGUGACUUGAUAGUUCGGGGUAGCUUGGUUUUACCUCAUGGCAGUGGGAUGAAGGUUUCCAAGGUAGCUUUCCUGGGUGAGGGGGCAGAUGCUGAUGAAGCUAGAGCAGCUGGUGCUGAUAUAGUUGGUGGUCCUGAACUUGUUGAGAAGAUUGCUAAUAGUGGCGGCAAGUUUGAUGUACAAAAGUGUUUCACAACUCCGGGAUUCAUGCCCCAAGUCCUAAAGAUUGCGAAGGUUCUAAAACCUCUGGGUUUGCUGCCAAAUGCCAAACAAGGUACCUUGGUCAGUGAUGUUGCCCGAGCCGUGAGGGAGGCAAAGCAAAGUAACGUUGACUUUAAAAUGGACAAAACAUCUAUUGUGCAUGUCGGACUUGGGAAGGCGAGCUUAUCAGAUGAUGAUUUACGUGAGAAUAUAGGUGCUUUUGUGAAUGCACUUUUGCAUGCGAAACCUGCAGGGCUGAAGAAAACUUCCAAAUAUGCUGGCUAUGUGAACUCUUUCCACAUAUGCGGCACGAUGGGACCUGGAUUCUCUGUUUCAAUACAAUCACUAUCAAAAGCUGCGGAUCACUAUACCAAAGUUAGUCUGAGCUGAUGUUGCCUAUCGCGAACUCCUCAAUCAUUUUUUCUUUUGAUGAAGUGCUGGGGCUUCCACAAGAUUCAUUGUGCUUAGGUUAUUUCGGUUGUGCUUCCUCUCUCUAUUAUGUCCUGGGAGAUGGUUUAUUAAUGCAUUUCCCUUCAGCAAAAAUUUCCAUGGGACUAUGAUAGAAUGGUCACUUGAGAUGGUAUCUUGUUCUUGUAGUCAUGUUGCUCUUGCAGUUUAUCUAUUGGAUUUAGCAAUAAGCAUUUGGCAUUGGAGAUUGAUCAAUUAAACGGGUGAUGCUCUUUGAUUGAGAAGAGUAUGAAAUGAUAACCCCUCCAGCUGAGGCAGAUGCAUGUGAGCGGAAGGUUGUACGUGCAACAUGUAGAGUGUUCUUUACUUUCCUGCUCGUUUUUAGUUCUUUUUAUUUUUUAUUGGUUUGUGCCUCUUAUGAAUUCCCGAGUCACUUUGCAGUAUGCAACAGCCUUGAUCUCUUGUAUUGAUUCUUCUGCUCUUGCAAGCGUUAUGUGUUGAUCUCCUUUUUCCAGCAUCAUCGUGAAAGGAGGACCAAAUUGGCGAGUGCCCGAGUCUGAAUCACAAAUUGUAGUUCUUUUUUUUUGGGCAAAGAGGCACAAAAUAGAGUUGAGAGUGGAGUUUUUAAUGCAUUGAGUUUUUGCCUCAUGUAUAAUCAAUGCCUUGAUAAUCGAAACAUUUCUCAUUAAAUUCGCUUUACAUGUGAAUCGAAGAUAUUACUUCUCCAUUUCAUU